AUGCAAGACAAUUUGGCUGUUCUUUUUUCUAGACAGAAGAUUGCCGAGUACGAGGGCAAGAAUUCAAUCCAGCGUUUUGGGGAUGGUAAAGCAUAUAACUUGGCGCGAUUUCCAUCAUCCGCUGCGCACAGUAUACCACAGCAUUAUCGUCAGACCGGCAGUCAACCACUCCAGUCUGAUACAUCUGGAGACAGCGAACGGGUUGCCGAUGAAAGGGAGGCGAGGGUCCACCAGUCCCAAGCGAUGCGAAGGUGGGAGGAAUUUCCGCAAGGUGCUUCGCAAACUGCAGUUGAAAGUCCUGGAGUCAAACUGUCCCCAACUCUGGGACGUGCAGACUAUGGAAACAAGUCGCUCGAGUUGAGGGAUGACUUCCUUGACAGCCAUCAAGACCAGUGCGACCCUCGACCCGUUGCCGGUGAUCUUGAUAUGUCUGAUGCAGACCACUAUGAGAAUAUAGAAUGUGACACUAGUGAGGCUGAACCAUAUAUAGUCUCCGGAUAUGCAGCUACAUUAUACCGUGACGAUGGUAUUUCUGCAUCAACAUUUGCAGAAAAGAAGUCUUCGGGGACUCUGUGCCCGGGUUCACGACUACCAGACGAACCCACUACUGGCUUACCGUACAGGCUAUCUAAUGAUCCUAUAUAUAACGGCAGGAGAUGGUGGGAGAACGGAGGAAGUGAACCAAUAGAGCACCAAUACGGGGUAUUCGAGCAAAUGAAUCUGUUUGGGGGCUGUGGUGUGGUGACUCCUCAUUGA